CACACCCUUAAGACAAAAAGGGUUACGCUCCCAAUUUUCCCGCCAAAACAACCCUCAUAAAAAAUCCUUCUCCACAACUCGAAUUUCCGCAACAGAGCACCCAAAAAUGGUGUCUGCGACUCCGGCAAGAAACCCUAACCCUACCCCUAAAAGCUCCAAAAAUGGGUACCAAAUCGGAGGUCUCCAGGUGGAGUUCCCGUACCAUCCGUACGGGCCCCAGCUGGCAUUCAUGAGCAGGGUCAUCUCCACUCUAGAUCGAGCUCACAGAGACGGCCAUUGCCACGCAUUGCUCGAGUCUCCUACAGGGACUGGCAAAUCGCUUUCUCUUCUGUGCUCUACUCUCGCUUGGCAACAGAAUUAUAAGUCUAAGCAUACGUACGCAAAUCUCUCGCAUUCCAAACCCGACCCGAAGGCCAUGACCGAUCCGACAGCUCACGGCGGUGGCUUUGUUCCCGAAGAGGAACCUGCAAGCGUUCAACUAUCAGAAAAGCCCAAGCCAUCCCAAUUUGUGGCAAAUAAUAAGGAUCAAAAGAAGCAGACAACGCCUACCAUAUACUAUGCAUCGAGGACGCAUUCACAAAUUUCUCAAGUCAUACGUGAAUAUCGGAAAACUUCCUACCGGGUGCCUAUGGCAGUGUUGGCUUCAAGGAGGCAUUACUGCACAAAUGCACAAGUGCAUGGGAAAGAGAAUAUUGACGAAGAAUGUAAGCAUCUUUUGAAGAACCAAGAGGUUGGAUGUCUGGAAUUUAAAAACGUACAAAAGGUCAAAGGCCAUGCAUCCCUUAAGAAAGGAGGCUGCCAUGAGGCCCACGAUAUUGAAGAUCUUGUAAAAGUUGGAAAAGUUGUGAAAGGCUGUGCAUAUUAUGCAGCUCGUUCUUUGUCAGACGAUGCAGAAUUGGUUUUUUGCCCAUAUAACUACAUCAUUAAUCCAGUCAUUAGGGGAGCAAUGGAAGUAGAUAUUAAGGGAUCCAUUGUUGUUCUCGACGAAGCCCACAAUAUAGAGGAUGUUGCUCGUGAUGCUGGAAGUGUCGAUAUUGAAGAAGACAUUUUGCACAAAUUGCAGAUGGAACUGGAGCAGCUUUGCCCAGUGGAUGUUUUGGUAUACCAACCUUUAUACGAAAUGAUACAGGGCCUCAUAAGUUGGAUUGAGCGAAAGAAAAAUAAGUUGGAAAAACGUGAAUUUCAGCACUAUGUCUCUUGUUGGACUGGUGAUAAGGCUUUGAGAGAGCUUCAAGAAGCUAAUGUAUCACAGCAGUACUUCCCAAUCUUACUUGAAUGUGCCACAAAGGCAUUCAAAGCUGCAACAGAUAAAGAGUCAGAUACACCACAUUUAAGUGGCAUGGCUGUUGUGACAUUGGAAGGAUUGGUCUCUUCACUCACUUACUUUUUUUCAAGAAAUGGGUGUCAUAUGGUUGAUUAUCAGCUUGCUUUACAACGAUAUGUUAAAAGAGAGGCUGGAUCUUCUGGGGACUGGACACAUACCUUAAGUUUGUGGUGCUUGAACCCUGCUGUUGUGUUUAAAGAUAUUGCUGAUCUUUCAUUGUCCGUCAUUUUAACAUCAGGGACUCUGUCACCGAUGAAUUCCUUUUCAUCUGAGCUUGGACUUCAGUUUGGAACAACGCUGGAAGCUCCACAUGUAAUUGAUGUUGAAUCACAGGUUUGGCCUGCUGUUAUUUCUACUGGCCCGGGUACCUUAUCAUUGAAUGCAAGUUAUAAGACAGCAGAUGAAUAUGCCUUCCAGGAUGCACUUGGAAAAUCCUUGGAGGAAAUUUUUAAGAUUGUUCCAGGCGGCUGUCUUGUGUUCUUCCCAAGUUAUAAGCUGAUGGGAAAACUAUGCAAGCGUUGGCGUGGAACAGGACAAUGGUCUCAGUUAAAUGAAAAAAAGAACCUUUUUGUUGAGCCAAGAGGAGGAGACCAGGAGGAAUUCGAUUCUGUUUUGAGGGGUUAUUACGAUUCAAUUCAUCAGGGUAAUAAACCAGUUUUUCGGAGAAAGAAAAGUGCCAACAAGACAUCGAUCAAAAAUCACUUUGCUGGAGUCCAGUGUGCAGGCAAAAAUAACACUGAUGGAGCUGCUUUUCUUGCUGUGUGCCGAGGAAAGGUUUCAGAAGGAAUUGACUUCACAGAUGACAAUGCUCGAGCGGUGAUAAUUGUCGGCAUUCCAUUUCCCAACAUAAAUGAUAUUCAAGUUGCCUUAAAGAAGAAAUAUAAUGAUACAUAUAAAUCAUCCAAAAGCCUUCUGAGUGGGAAUGAGUGGUACUGCCACCAAGCCUUCCGAGCUGUAAAUCAAGCUGCAGGACGUUGUAUUCGCCAUAGGUUUGACUAUGGAGCUGUCAUCUUAUUAGACGAACGCUAUCGGGAAGAAAGAAAUACCGCAUACGUGUCAAAGUGGCUAAAGAAAUCCAUUAGACGGUAUGAGAACUUUGACAAGUCAUUGGAGGAAUUAAAAUCCUUUUUCAGUGAUGUCAAGGAAAGGGUAAGCAAUAACAUGGUUAACGUAUCACAGACUUUUGAGACUAAAGAAGAAAAUAUUCAUUCUAUGGGUCAAAGUGAAGGAUUUACAAAAGUGAAAGAAAAGAAAUUGAAGAAAUUUGAUCCCUGCGAACAGCCAGAGAAUUCUGAGAUGAAGCAUGAUGCCCUGCUGAAAUCUCAAGAUGCUUUGGAAGUUCAGAAAUUUGUGCGAAUAAAUGAGGAUGCGGACCAUAGCAAGGAAAUUAUUGAUCCAGAAUGUCGUCUUCAGAAAGAUUCAAGGUACCCAAAGCCAUCUUUGUUUACGGCAUUCUCUGAUGCAGAUCCUGACAUUUCCAUUGUCCAGGAAACCCCUAAUAUGGAUGGUAUCAUUUCCACAUACAGUCCAGGGUACUUGAAUAAGGAUGAGAAUUCUGGUUCAACUUCAAGCACAAUUGAGGCCUCUUCUGACUUUACAGAUCAUUUGUCAUUUCAGUCAGCAUCCUUAACCAAUAGUAGCAAAGCUUCUCCAAAAGCCCAGUGUGGCUUUGCAGCUACUCCUGAAAAGAAUGUGAAUUUGAGCAUACAGAGCUCGAUGCUAGAAAUAGACUCAUAUUUGAAUUUGAGUGUAAAUUCUCAUACCCAAAAAAGGAGAAAGUCCAUGUAUUCACCGCUGGCUAACUUUGUUUGUGGACAGUGUGAUGCUCCUGAUUCCAGAAGCCCUGAUUCUACUAGUUCCGUAAGAUCAAUGGCAACUAUAGACACAAAUCGCCGAAUUGAAUUUAGUGUUGAGACUAAUUGUUCAGGACACAAAUCCAAUGUUCCUCAUGUGCUCACAACUAGUAAUUUGGUUGCUUCAUCCAUGUCCGUUGUUUGUGUAAUGGACAAAAGACUACAAAUUUCUUGCUUACUCUGCAAAACUCCAUUGGGCCUUCCUGAGAAUCAUCUAUAUCUAGCAUGCUCAAUAACUUCGUCAUCGAAAUUUCACUUAGAAUCUCUUCAUAAAGAAGUAUUGAAGUCUCACACUGGGAACACAUCCACAGGCAUACCUGUUAUCAUAACUGACAUUUCAUCAGUUGAUCAGCGACUCUGCAACAGAACUUCUGAAGGUGCUCCUCGGCAGGGUAUAUGGUGUGAAGAAGAUGGUUGUGUUUUCAGUACCAUCUUCUGCCCCUUCUGCAUUAGCCACAGUAAUUGCCUUGGAGUACAGGUCAUGGCGGCUAACGCAUCAAAUGUUCAUUUACUGAACAAGAUGCUGUUUUACUUAGAUCAGUUGCAUAUUCAAAAUCUUGAAGCGUCUAGUGACAGGGCUUCAGAAGAGAAAGAUAUCUUGCCUGUUGUUGAUCCAAGCUUGGAUAAAGCUUCUAUUCUAAAUUCCUUUGAUAAAUUCUCAUACUCCCCACUAGAGCAGAACACGGGAGGCUGGAGGACUACAAAAUCAAAGCUUAAACUACCCAAAAGACGCUUACUUCCUGAAGCAGAGGGUUAACGACAGAAAUUGUCUUCAUAUCUGAUUUUGUUACACAUAUCACCCAGGAGAUGCCAAUGUAGAUGUGCUGCCUCACAUGAUUUACAGUGUGAAUAUGAAGCUGAGACAAGGUGUUGUUUGUUUAUUACUCAGGCAACAUUCAAUCAAAAGAAGAAAAAAAGAAAAAGAGAAGAGAAAAACUAGCGAGGCAAUCUAGGUUCUUGUAAAUAAACUGUAUUUCUUUAAACUAUUGUAUACUGCAUUAACUAUAGAGUUUUGUUAUGACUAAAGUGGCAGCAGUUGAUUUUGUAU